AUGUCUCUUGCUGACAAGGCUCACCAAUGGGAGAAGAGCUUGCCCCAUGGCACAAUCACCACUUGGGAUGAAUGCAAGAAGGCCUUUCUUGCUAAGUUUUUCUCCACCGGUCGCACAGCCAAGCUAAGGAGUGAGAUAUCGAGCUUCAUACAGGGAACAAUGAGAAUUUUUGCUGAGGCUUGGGAAAGAUUCAAGGGCUACACAAGUCAGUGCCCCAUCAUGGCUUCAACAAUGAGUCUUUACUCUCUACUCUCUAUAGAGCUUGUGGAAAACAUUGCAAACUCCAAUGGAAGCUAUGGAGAAGAGUAUGAUCGCACCAACCGGAGCUCGACCCACCACUCGAUCGAGUCAGACGAGAAAUUGAGAAAAGAUGUCAAAUCCUUGAAUGAGAAGUUGGACAAGCUUAUCUUAGCUCAGUCCACAAUGAAGAAAGUCAAUUUUGUGUCUGCUGAAGAGAUGGAACCAUGUUCAAGAAGGGGAGGAUACACAAUUUUCUGA